UCUGCGCACAUGUUGCGGUGUCCACUUUCACCCCAAGUAGUGGCACAGGGGCAUGCUCACUUCUUAGGAUCAGCCGGAGGCAGCAGUGUCUGGACGUUGGUUCCUUAAAGCAAGGAAUUUCUAAGAUGGCAGCAAAUUGCCAAACUGCGGGAGGGGUUGGUUUGGAUUGUGCUGGCUGAAUGAGAAAGGGGCCCUUGUUCUUGUUAUCUUCCCUCCAUGUACCAGACAUCCUCGGCACCAUUUUUAUCUGGAUGCUGACAACUUAGGAAAGGUCUGUGAGAGGCUUCCUGCUGGAAGGGGUUUCCAUUCUUGCUGGCUUCCAUCUAGAGGCAGUGACCAGCAGCCUCCUUAGAAAGCCUCUGCCAAUGGACAGUGACGCUUCUGAGCUCUGGAGGACCUUGGGUGGCGAUGAUUUCUUCACUCUCCACAUACUACGCUUGCUCAUGAGCAAGAUUCAGUGUCCAGCCAGCACAGACAGGAGCUCAGCUGAGGACAUGGUGGCCCUUGGACCUCUAGCAGCAACAUGUGCAUCUUUGGAGAUGCUCACUACCAUUUACUCCAGCCCCAGCCCAGUGCUGAGGGAGCUGGUCCCAGAGAUCCUCUGUGCUCUUUUGGAGCAAGCUGGCCGCACUGUAGGGCAGGACAUGUCAAUUGCCACAAGGAGCAUCCAGUGGAGGCAGCUGCAAGAAGUGGGCAACCCUUGCAGGCUUUCUAUGGAGACCCUGGCCUGUGCCAUAUCUAAGGCCCUUGGGGAGAGAGUGGCUGCAGCCCUCUGUGGAGAGGGAACUUGGCCACUCCUUGAGAGCCCCCAGACACACCAUGAGGGGGUGUGCCAGCUGGCCAGCUGAAAAAACACCAGAAUGCCAUCCUAGAGACCUUGUUCCUGGCAUCGUUUGUGCCUACCAGUGCUCAGAUCAUGCAGGAGGGCAUGC